GUGAGUUUUAAAAGGGGGCCGCACCUGCCGACAGCGUUGUGACGUCACCGCGGGUUCGGUUGCGUUGCGCGCGCGGCCCGAGAUUUUUACCGCAGUGCAUCAGUGCGAGCGUCACCGCGCGCUCCAGAACUCGCCCGACAGAGCUCUGUUUACCGAUCAGACGCGCCGGUCUGAUGAGGAUCUUAUCGCGGAGGCAAGCGACAGUCUGCAGGAAGCGCUGUCUGUGACGGUGAGGCUCUGAUCCGGGCCCUUCACUCAACCUCUCUCUGAAGAUGCAGUGCACAUGAAGAAGAGCCAGCGCUGUGGACACUAGACAACAGAGAGAGAGAGAGAGAGUGUGUGUGUGUGUGUGUGUGUGUGUGUGUGUGUGUGUGUGUGUGUGUGUGUGUGUGUGUGUGUGAGUGUGUGUGUGUGUGUGUGUGUGAUGGAGAGGACACGUCUGCUGCUCCUCUGUGUGUUCUGCGCGCUCUCCGUGUCUCUGUGCAGCGGCGCGUGUGCCGAGGUGGACUCCGACACGGAGGCCGUGGCGGGAAAGAGCUUCAAGCUGGGAUGCAUCUCCUGUAAGAUGCGCGGAGAGGUGGAGGCCACAGCCACCGUCGACUGGAUGUUCAGGGCGCGAGGAGAAGCCGACUUCGUGCACAUUUACAGCUACGACGGCGAGGCGUCCAGCAUCAUCGACGAGCGCUUCCAGGACCGCAUGGAGUGGCACGGCAGCAAGAACACCCUCCAGGACGCGUCUGUGGACCUCCUCAACGUCACCUUCAACGACUCCGGCGUCUACCGCUGCAUGUUCAACCGAGUGCUCAGCUACAAACACUACGAGUUCUCCACCAUCGUCAGCAAAGAGGUGCACCUCACCGUCGAGGGCAAAGCCACGCGCGGCACGGCGUCCAUCGUGUCAGAGGUCAUGAUGUACGUGUCCAUCAUCGGCCUGCAGCUCUGGCUCCUGGUGGAGAUGAUCUACUGCUACAGGAAGAUCGCCGCGGCCGGAGAGGAAGCUCUCCGAGCCAGCGCGUCAGUAACACACCGAACAAACCCUUACACACAUCACCCAUCUGACACACACAUGCUGCAAAAACCAUCCAGCGCACGAUUAUUAGAGUCAACUACAGCUCAACUUACUUCAAAUAACAUUAAUGAAAUAUAUAUACACAGUCCAGGUCAAAAGUUUGGAAAUAAAUGA